AUGGCUGAGUUAAACCCGGGUAUACUCAUAGAUAUUGUGGAUGAAGAAUGGAUGAGAAGCACUCUUCCUGAUGAUGAACUUCCCCUUCCACCAGUGCUUGUUGUACGGACUGAUGACACUGAGGAUUCAAUUUUAGCAAUGGAUUGUGUAGGUACUCCAGCUAUGAAUAUGUGCUUUUUAAUACUUCUUUGGGCAAUAGGGAUGGAUUCAAGCAUGGGGAGCACAAGCAAUGGAGCUUCAAUCCCACAUGUAGGAAUACAAGCCUAG